UCAAAUUCAAGUCAGACCCAACAAUGAAUAAAUCAAAUCAAGCUUACGAAGCCUCGCCAACCACAAAAUAAAUUCAAAAGUGUUAAAUGUAUACUAAUAAUACGGAAUGGAAAAUCUUAAGCCUCCUGCCAAUAGUUCUCCAGAAGAAAUAGAGGCAUGGAACCACAUGAUGGACACUAUGGUUACUUUUAUAAAAGCUUCGACUAACUUAAUGAAUACAAUAACUUCGAAAGUUAAAGCAUCCAGUCGUGGUACUAUGCAAUCUGCAAAGUCUAGUAGUGCUGCAGUAUCCAGUUGCGAAGCGGCCUGUUCAAUGUGUCAUCCUGCAAAAUUGGAACCUUGUGGGAUUUGCGUUCAACAAGUUCCUGCUGUACAGAAACAUCCAGGAACACAUGAAAAACGCAAAUCAGCAGAGCCACCUUGUGAUGUUUUUCCAGAAGGAACUGAGUCAUCACUAUCACCUCCACCUGUUCCAGUUGAUUCUGUAGAACCACCUCCAGAUCCAGUUAUUCAUGUGGAAGAAACAUCAAAUAUACCACCAGGAGAACCUUCCGCUAUAGAACCGACUCCAGAACCAUAUAGUCCUGACAAACCAGAAGAACCUUCUGUUCCAGAACCGACUCCAGAACCUGGCGAACAACCAGAAGAGCCCUCUGUUAUAGAAGUAGCUGCAGAAUCAUCUGCUCCUGUCGUGGAACCGAUUCCAAAACCAAAUGAAGAUCCUAUAGAAAAGCCACCAAGCAUACUUUCUGCAGAAAAACAGCCGCCAGAACAUCCUUCUAUUGGUGUGGAGCCUCCGGUUCAGCCGGUUAGGAGACCUUCUGCAGCUGCCGGUGAUGUACAGUGUGUUUGUGCUUCUAUUCGUGCCGAUAGAAUUCGAAUGCAAAGCCAAAAGGCAGACUGCUGUUGUCGUGGAUCCGGAAAGCGUCCUCUUCAAGAAACAGUGAAAAGUGACAAGGAGAAACUAGAAGAACUACCACAAGACUUAGAAAUCUUUUGUGCUUGCGGUCCUUCGCAAAAACAGAGGGACAUCAUGGAACAGGAAAUGGUGGAGAAACUAGUCAAAGCCCAAAGAGAAAUUACCAAUCUUCAAGAAGAGAUGGCACGGUUACAGCGAAUGAAUAAGAAAACUGGACCGCAUGCGACGCCAAAUACUGCUCAACUAUAUAACGAAAUUAUGAAAGGGUCUCAGGCUCAGACUUAUCAAGGAACCUUUCCAACAAUAAGAGAACAGGGAAAUUAUAAUUUAAGUAAUGUCCGUAUGGAACUUUUUCAAUCACCUGGUUGGUCGGCUUAUGAUAAUCAAGUUAGAGGCGUUGAUAGUCCAGCCAGUUAUCAACGCCCACAGUACAGCCGAGGCCGUGGAAGUUACCCAAACUUAGGCCGAGGCGGUGGAAGUAUUGAUCAACGCAUACAGUACGCCCGUGGAAUGCCAAUGAGUUCGAGUGGACUUGGUUAUCAAGGUGCACGAGGCUCUGCAAUGAGGCAACCGACGAUAACAAGUUGUCCAGGUAGUCGUUCACCAGCGCAACCAGGAGGUGGCGGUUUUCAAAGUUUACCGGGCGGCACAGUGUUUUCACCAGAUCUUAGUCAAGGGCCACCACAAACUGGAGGUCGCGGUUUUCAAAGUUUACCGGGCGGUACAGUGUUUCCACCAGAUCUUAGUCAAAAGUCACCACAAACUGGAGGUCGCGGUUUUCAAAGUUUACCGGGCGGUACAGUGUUUUCACAAGAUUUUAGUCAAGAGUCUGGAGGUCGUGGUUUUCAAAGUUCAUCUGGCGGUUGUCCGCCUACUUGUAGUUUGGCACAAUCGGGUGGUGGUUUUCAAAGUUUACCAGGUGGUACGAUAUUUUCACCAGAUUAUAGUCAAUCUCCAUUCAACACCGGUUUCAGAACGCCAGAAGAUUCCUGCCCAGGCGGUAACAGAAGUCUACCAGCAGAAUUGGGCGGUCCUGGAUCCACCUCUCCACAAGGUAGACCGAUCGCAGCUGAGUAUUACCAACAAGCCCAGACACAUUAUAGUCCGUCACCACCCCAAAGACCAGGGGGACAAUCAGCAAGUGCUAUGUCAGCAAAUAGUUCACAAGAAAAUUCUGACAAUGAAGCCUACUGGAGUCGUCUUGCAGAAUAUGGAAGUCCUGCCCCUCCUAUGCAAAGGCAGGAUAAAGAUUGUGUGUGUUCGCGACCAAAAAGCGCAGUUAAUGUAGAACCUCAACGUCAGAUGAUAAUAUGCGUACCCCCUGAAAAUGGAGGAAAGUGAUUUUUGGGUGGCGAUAACCCUUUUUUUUGUAUAUUUGUAUUUUGUAAAUAAACUGCUGAUUGUUUA